GUAAGUACAGUACAGUAUAUUGAAUUCAGAAGCUCUGCUCUUACAUGAAUAUGAAUGAUCUUAUCCGUUUCCUGUGUCGUUCUCGAAACUUUUCGUUUCUUUUCUUGAGGCCACUUAACUAAUUAGUACUACUACUGCUGCCCUUUCUGCUAAGCUAAUUCAAUCCCUUCAAAUCCUAUCCAUCCUAAACCCUCCAUAAACCCUUGUUCCAAUUUCAUUUCUGAAAUGGACUAUUGCGGUUUUUCUUCUACCCUUUGCAAAACCCGGUUCGCCCUUCCGCCAUCGGCCUUUUGGACCCCUCCGAUCGCCUACAGGCUGCGCCCCUUCGUCGUUGCGGCGGUCGGCGUCAAGUGCGAGUUGGGGGGAUGGACCGCGCCGCUCGAGCCGAGGUCAUCGGCUGGGAGGCACUUGAGCGGCAUGCUGUUGGAUGAUCGCGACGCCUUCCGGGCGGCUGCUAGGGCCGAAUUGGAGCGGCUCGCCGUCCAGACGGAUGGAGCCGUGGCGCGCCUCCAACUCAGCCGUGGCUCCGAUGAGGCUCCUCUUCACAGGCGAAUCGCCGAGCUGAAGAAACAGGAAUGCCGAGCAGCAGUUGAAGACGUGAUCUACGCAAUCAUACUCCACGAGUUUUAUCAGAUGCGCGUUUAUUUGGUCCCCGAGCUUUCCAAAUGCAUCUGCAACAGCAGGUUAGAGAUUUUUCCGUCCAAGGAUUGGGAGCUCGAGUCGAUCCACAGCAUCGAAGUUCUUGAGAUGGUGAGGGAUCACGUGAGCUCCAUUACCGGAUGCCGAGCGAAUUCCUGCGUGAAGGAAUGCUGGGCGACGACGAAGAUCCGAUGCUCGUGCCUCUGCAAAAUGUACACCGCCUCCGUCUUGUUCGGCUACUUCCUGAAGUCGGCUGCACUGCGCCGUCGCCUCGAGUGGAAUUUAAACGUCGCCAACAGCGCUCAUUCCAGCUCAUCUAAUCUUCCUGUUCCAUUGGGAUCGAGAUCAUUUAUGAGGAUGGGAUUCGACGAAGAGAGCGUGGUGAUAUGCGCGUCGCCGGAGUCGAAGGAAGCGGCAAAUGUGGUGGAGAGGCGGAGCUUGUCGCUGUUCGGCGGAGUCGGGGAAGAAGCGGUGAUUACGACGUCGUUUGGGAGUGUGAAGAGGCUGAUGCUGGAAGGUGUUGCCUUUGGGUGUUUCUUGUGGGAGAGUGAGGAUUGGAUCAAAUCUGCUGUUGAGCCUCUCUAUUUGAAUAUGCUGCUCCGGGAAGAACACCUCUAGAAAUACGUACAGUCUUUGUAUGUAUAUAUGUGUUUAUAUAUUAUUGUUUGAGAAAAUAGGAGUAGCAAUUGUAGUGUAGAUCUGUUUAUACUUUAUAGUGAGUGUUUUUGUGAAUUUUAAGUUUUAAUGGCUAUCAAUAUAAAUCAGCUUCGAAAA